ACGGCGUCGACGGCGCUUCAUUUCGACUCGACAUUUUGAUAGUUGAUUUUUGUUCUGUUAAUGUUUUUAUUAUUUAGUUUGCUGUUACCAUUUGUUUAUGUCUUCAAGUGUGUAAAGUGUGUUUAUUGACUCUUUAUUGUUGUCGAGUAGCGUUGUUACUAGUUACUACUAUUAUCAAGAUGAGUGCAUUCGAGGUAAAUGUGACCCCUUCCCGUCUAAAGCAAAAGAAAUUCGCCGAGAUUCGCCAGCCGGUUGAUGUGGUUAUGGCGCCAUUUUCGGCAAAAGCGAUUGUGCAAUUCGAGGAUGUGCCUGUUACCAAAACCGCCAAGCGCAUUCUGCGCGUCAUUAAUCCUAGCGAUGAUGACAUUGAGGUCAAAGUAACCAAGGCCAUCAAAGACGAGCAUAAUGUCAAGCUUGAAUGGAUGGCAACUAAUGUGCCUGCACAAGAUGAAGUGACCAUGGAACUGAUUUGGAUGCCACAGAUGGAAAUAGCAUGCAAGGAAACGCUGCAACUAAUAGAUAAUCGCAAUUUUCGUAAGGAUGUCAUGAUUAUUCUAAAAUCCAGAAGCCUCCAGCCAGCAAGGACCACGCGCAAAUUCCCGACGGUUGGCAAGACGCUGCAGUUAAAGUCGCCGACUGGCAACAGUAAAUCGCACAAAACCCUCAAUGCAUCAGUAAAUCAAAAAAAACGCUUGUCCAGUGCGCCGGGAAAUGCAACAACAACAAAUGUGAAGAAACACUGGAAUAACGUGCCAGCGGCACGAGUGAAACGAGUUGUAUCUGAAGCAAAAGCGCCACUAAGCGAUCGCAACGUGCUUGAGGCGGCGCCUCAUAACUACAAUAGAACCGAAAUGAAAUCUUACAUAUCGCCACAAGGUCGCAACUGCAAGGAAAACGUUAGUCCUCUGACACCGGCAAAUGUAUUCAGUUUAAUUGAUGACAUGCAAUUUACACCGCUGACCGACAAGGCUCAUGGAGCAUCAUCAGCGGCUCCCUUGCCAGAUAAUUUGGCUGCCUGGCCAACUCCAACAUUACAUGUAAAUGGAUCUCAUGUACAUAUUCCCGCCAACGAGUUGCGGCCACGUCGACUUGGGUCAGCUCUAGAUGAGCCCCACAAUGUUACCGACGGCGGCCUAGUUAUUGUGAACAAAACAUUCGACAUAAAGCUUUCAGAUACAAUGAAUAUUUCCGUUGACACAUUAGAUUGUUCACCCAAAAAUCAACUAAUGCAAACUCCAACGCCUGUUUUGAACAAGACGACAAUUUUAGGGCAAACAACACAGCCGCGUGCCUUGGCCUGCAUACGCGAGGAGGGCUCCAGCCCUCCGAGGAUAGAGAGGCAAUCUCCUCCCUCGAAGAGCAAAGUAAAUAAUCUUAAACGAGACGUAGACCUGGUUGGUUCGCCGUUACGGAAAUACUCUGAGUCUAUGACUAAUCUCUCGUUGUUGUCGCCUCAAUCUAAAUUUCCUAUACAGGGAUCUAUGCCAAAUUUAAAUGAAAUACAAAAGAUCUCCUCCAUUGAUCAGAAUCGUUACUAUCAACAACAGCAGCCGCCGUUGCAGCAGGCGGUCAAACAGCGUGUAAAUCCGUCUCUAGAUAGCUCCUGCAGCAGUGAAACUAGCGCAGCGUCUCAGCCCGAUGUGCUCUUCAAUCAAUGUGAGAUUUUGGCUCAAUCCAGUCGCUUUAAUUUGAACGAAGUUGGCCGCCAAACACGCAAGGGCAGCUGUGUCGUGGUCAACGAUAAGGACGUGAAACAGAAUAAUGGAGCCAUCAUUGGCUACAAGCGACGGUGCCAUGAGCUGAGCUUCUCAGAUGCACCCAGCAACGAGUCAUUACAUCGCAAUGAGACGCUGGCCAUCUCACCACCCAAACGACAGCGAUUUGAGGGCGGCACCGUGACACCUGCCAAUGCUUCAGCGCGAGGCACGAAGCCAUGGUCAAAGACUCAGCCGAAAAAGUUGAAAUUGGCGCAAACUACGUCGCUUAUGAAAAAACCUGUCACGCCGCGCAAGAAUCGAGAUCAAGUUACAGUUAAACUUUAUAAUUCUGACCUCUAUAUGCAAGCGUACAUCAAUCCAGAUCCAUUUGCUGCAACUACGACUAUUGAUCCAUUUUUGGCUUCGACCAUGUAUUUGGACGCGCAGGCAGUGGAGCGACACCAGGCGGACUUUAUAAAAUGGUUAAAUGCAUUAGUGAGCAUACCAGCCGAUCUAGAUGCGGACACCAAUAGCAAAAUUGAUAUAGGCAAGCUGUUCAAUGAGGUCCGCAAUAAGGACCUGUCGCUGGCACCCACUAAGGAGGAGCAAUCGAUGAACUAUUUGACCAAGUAUCGACUAGAAUCGCUACGACGCGCCGCUGUGGAGUUGUUCUUCAGUGAGGAAAUGCGCCUGCCCUGCUCCAAAGUUGCUGUCUACGUGCAGAAGCAAGCACUGCGCAUACGUAGCGAUCGAAACCUGCAUCUAGAUAUGGUUAUGCAGCGCACCAUAUUGGAGUUGCUUCUUUGUUUCAAUCCCCUCUGGCUGCGCCUCGGUCUCGAGGUGGUGUUCGGCGAGAAGCUGCAUCUUCAAUCAAAUCGCGACAUUGUGGGUCUAACUACUUUCAUCCUGAAUCGGCUAUUUCGCAACAAAUCCGAGGAGCAAAAGUACAGCAAAGCCUACAUGCUAACCGAAGAGUACGCGGAGACCAUCAAGAAGCACACCCUUCAAAAAAUAUUAUUUCUGUUGCUGUUCCUCGAUCUGGCCAAACAGCGGCGCAUUAUCAAGCACAAUCCCUGUCUGUUCGUCAAGAAAUCGCCUCAUAAGGAGACAAAGGAUAUUCUGCUACGCUUCUCUUCCGAGUUGCUGGCCAACAUUGGCGACAUAACACGCGAAUUGCGCCGCCUGGGCUACGUGCUCAAGCACAAGCAGACUUUCCUCGACGAGUUCAACUAUGCUUUUAGCAAUCUAGCUAUAGACCUACGUGAUGGUGUUCGGCUUACGCGUGUUAUGGAAGUCAUUCUGCUCCGGGACGAUCUUACCCAGCAACUGCGCGUUCCAGCCAUCUCAAGGCUCCAGCGCAUUUACAAUGUAAAGCUUGCCUUGGGCGCAUUGCGCGAUGCAGACUUUCAGCUGAGUGGCGAUAUCAGUGCAGCCGACAUAGUAGAUGGAUAUCGAGAGAAAACGCUUUCCCUGCUUUGGCAGCUCUGCUAUAAAUUUCGGUCGCCCAAGUUUCAUGCUGCCGCUCGAGUCGUGCAAUCAUGGUGGCGCCGUCGCUGGCUGCAUGUCUUUAUUCGUCGUCGCAUUCGUGAACGCGCUGUCAUUCGUAUACAGACCGCCUUCCGGUCCUACCAGGCCCGCAAGUAUGCCAAACUACAUAGAGAGGAACGUCUACAAGCCGCUUUAGUCCUUCAGAAAUAUACGCGUCGAUAUCUUGCGCAGAAGUAUUUCGCUCAAAUGCAUCAGAGCAUUGUCCACAUUCAGUUAUGGUGGCGUACUACUUGUCAGACCCGUCAAUGUCGCAAAGAAUUCCUCAGGCUUCGUAAAGCGGCGAUAUUUGUGCAACGCAGAUGGCGACGUCGUAUCUUCUGCAAAAAGCUGAUGGCUGCUGCCCGUGCUGCGCGUCUGCAACUGGAACAAAAGCGUCACGCAGCUGCCUCCUGCAUAGAAAUGUAUUGGCGCUCUUAUCGUUUGGCUGAGGAUCAGCGAAAGAUCUAUAUUCGCCAGCGCGAACUCAUUAUCUUUGUGCAAAGAGAAAUGAGGAGCAAGUGGCUAAUGCAAGACACACGAAAGCAUUUCAUGUUGCUACGGAAGUCCACGCUGGUGAUACAAAGACGCUAUCGUGCUCGCUUGCAGAUGCUUGACGUACGACGCCGCUACUUAGAGAAGCGACAGAGCGUCAUAACCUUGCAACGUCGCUGGAGAGCAACUCUGGAGAUGCGAUCACAGGUGGCUUACUAUCAAAAGCUGAAGGCGUCCACCAUAUUGAUACAGAGCAGGUAUCGCGAGCUUGUCCAGAUGCGGCAGCGACGCAGUGAUUUUGUGCGGCUUAGAAAGGCGGCUAUUGUACUGCAGCGAUGCUGGCGCACUCGGCAAUCGAUCCGGACACAACGGGAGCAAUAUCAGCGUUUGCGGCAAACGACAAUAUUAUUGCAGCGCCGCUUCCAUGCCAACAAGACAAUGCGCCUUCUUCGUGCCAAAUAUCGUGGUACCCAAGCUGCUGUUGGCUGUUUGCAAAUGCAUUGGCGCAACCAUUUGCUUCGAAAGAGUCAGCGUCAAGCAUUCAUAAAUCUGCGUAAAGCAGCAAUAAAAAUCCAGAGAUGGUUUAGAGCUUGUCUGGCCAUGCAGUCUGCUCGCAGUAGCUAUCAGCGACAACGGGCUGCAGUCACUCGCAUUCAGAUCUGGUGGCGAAGUCUGCAAGCCAUGCGCAUUGCAAAGAUGCAAUAUCAGAAGCUUCGCGCAGUUACAAUUUUGAUUCAACUUAAAUUCCGCGCCACGCUAACCAUGCGCCAACAACGCUCGGAAUUUCUAAGGAUUCGAAAAGUCACAAUCCAUAUACAGCAAAAGUUCAGAGGGAAACGCUUGAUGAUAGAGCAGCAAGCGCAUUUACAGAUGCUAAGGCGCUCCACUUUAGAUUUCCAGUCACAAGCCCGCGGCUAUUUAGCCCGUAAACGAUUCCAAGCCCUAAUGACUCCCGAAAUGAUUGAGUAUCUCAAUCAAAAACGGGCGGCCAAGGUGAUACAGCGCUACUGGCGAGGCUAUCUUACGCGCAAACACCAACGACACGCGAGAAUUCAGGCCAUACGUCGGCGUCUAUUUCAGCUUCGCCAGGAGGCGACGGCUUUCAAUUCGGUACGGGCCAAAGUACAGGACUCUGUACGUAUACUUCGUGGUCGUUUCAUUGCCUCAGACGCGCUAGCCGUGCUCAAUCAGCUAGACCGGCUCUCCCGCACCGUACCCCAUCUUCUUAUGUGGUGCUCCGAGUUCAUGUCCACCUUCUGUUAUGGCAUCAUGGCGCAGGCUAUUCGUUCGGAAGUUGACAAGCAAUUGAUUGAGCGAUGCAGCCGCAUCAUUCUCAAUCUGGCACGCUACAACAGCACGACUGUUAACACUUUCCAGGAGGGCGGCCUCGUUACCGUUGCCCAAAUGCUAAUGCGCUGGUGCGACAAGGAUAGCGAAAUAUUUAACACGCUAUGCACGCUGAUUUGGGUAUUUGCCCACUGCCCCAAGAAGCGAAGGAUAAUUCAUAAUUACAUGAGCAAUACGGAGGCGAUUUACAUGGUGCGCGAAACAAAGAAGCUCGUUGCCCGCAAGGAGAAGAUGAAACAGAAUGUGCGGAAGACACUGGCUCCUGUCGCUGGUCGUCAUGGGCAACAGAUGCUCAAUUUCUCGCCGCGUUCUUUGCCCAGCCUGGAGCCAGACUAUGGCAUAAUACGUGGUAGACCCUAUACGUUUAUAUCAUCCGUGUUUGCAUUUGACACGAUUCUUAGUAAGCUUCAUAUUGAUUUAAUUUAAUAUGUAGACAUUAUGAUGAGCCCGAGAGCUCGACAUAUUUAAAUGGUUCUCUGUUGUAAACUCUUGUCAACUUUUGUAUUCUACGUAUUAAGUUAUGUUUUGUAAAUUUUAAAAUAAAUCAAUGAACGAUACGUUUUUAUAUACUGCAGAC